GACUUCUCGUCGUCUCCGCCCCCUUCCCCCGCUCCCCCCCGCACCCCCGCCUAGCGUCCUUCCCCCAAUCCCCUCAGGCUCGGCUGCGCCCGGGGCCGCGGGCCGGUACCUGAGGUGGCCCAGGCGCCCUCCGCCCGCGGCGCCGCCCGGGCCGCUCCUCCCCGCGCCCCCCGCGCCCCCCGCUCCUCCGCCUCCGCCUCCCCCAGCUCUCCGCCUCCCUUCCCCCUCCCCGCCCGACAGCGGCCGCUCGGGCCCCGGCUCUCGGUUAUAAGAUGGCGGCGCUGAGCGGUGGCGGUGGUGGCGGCGCGGAGCCGGGCCAGGCUCUGUUCAACGGGGACAUGGAGCCCGAGGCCGGCGCCGGCGCCGGCGCCGCGGCCUCUUCGGCUGCGGACCCUGCCAUUCCGGAGGAGGUGUGGAAUAUCAAACAAAUGAUUAAGUUGACACAGGAACAUAUAGAGGCCCUAUUGGACAAAUUUGGUGGGGAGCAUAAUCCACCAUCAAUAUAUCUGGAGGCCUAUGAAGAAUACACCAGCAAGCUAGAUGCACUCCAACAAAGAGAACAACAGUUAUUGGAAUCUCUGGGGAACGGAACUGAUUUUUCUGUUUCUAGCUCUGCAUCAAUGGAUACCGUUACAUCUUCUUCCUCUUCUAGCCUUUCAGUGCUACCUUCAUCUCUUUCAGUUUUUCAAAAUCCCACAGAUGUGGCACGGAGCAACCCCAAGUCACCACAAAAACCUAUCGUUAGAGUCUUCCUGCCCAACAAACAGAGGACAGUGGUACCUGCAAGGUGUGGAGUUACAGUCCGAGACAGUCUAAAGAAAGCACUGAUGAUGAGAGGUCUAAUCCCAGAGUGCUGUGCUGUUUACAGAAUUCAGGAUGGAGAGAAGAAACCAAUUGGCUGGGACACUGAUAUUUCCUGGCUUACUGGAGAAGAAUUGCAUGUGGAAGUGUUGGAGAAUGUUCCACUUACAACACACAACUUUGUACGAAAAACGUUUUUCACCUUAGCAUUUUGUGACUUUUGUCGAAAGCUGCUUUUCCAGGGUUUCCGCUGUCAAACAUGUGGUUAUAAAUUUCACCAGCGUUGUAGUACAGAAGUUCCACUGAUGUGUGUUAAUUAUGACCAACUUGAUUUGCUGUUUGUCUCCAAGUUCUUUGAACACCACCCAAUACCACAGGAAGAGGCGUCCUUAGCAGAGACUGCCCUAACAUCUGGAUCAUCCCCUUCCGCACCCGCCUCGGACUCUAUUGGGCCCCAAAUUCUCACCAGUCCGUCUCCUUCAAAAUCCAUUCCAAUUCCACAGCCCUUCCGACCAGCAGAUGAAGAUCAUCGAAAUCAAUUUGGGCAACGAGACCGAUCCUCAUCAGCUCCCAAUGUGCAUAUAAACACAAUAGAACCUGUCAAUAUUGAUGACUUGAUUAGAGACCAAGGAUUUCGUGGUGAUGGAGCCCCUUUGAACCAGCUGAUGCGCUGUCUUCGGAAAUACCAAUCCCGGACUCCCAGUCCCCUCCUACAUUCUGUCCCCAGUGAAAUAGUGUUUGAUUUUGAGCCUGGCCCAGUGUUCAGAGGAUCAACCACAGGUUUGUCUGCUACCCCCCCUGCCUCAUUACCUGGCUCACUAACUAACGUGAAAGCCUUACAGAAAUCUCCAGGACCUCAGCGAGAAAGGAAGUCAUCUUCAUCCUCAGAAGACAGGAAUCGAAUGAAAACACUUGGUAGACGGGACUCGAGUGAUGAUUGGGAGAUUCCUGAUGGGCAGAUUACAGUGGGACAAAGAAUUGGAUCUGGAUCAUUUGGAACAGUCUACAAGGGAAAGUGGCAUGGUGAUGUGGCAGUGAAAAUGUUGAAUGUGACAGCACCUACACCUCAGCAGUUACAAGCCUUCAAAAAUGAAGUAGGAGUACUCAGGAAAACACGACAUGUGAAUAUCCUACUCUUCAUGGGCUAUUCCACAAAGCCACAACUGGCUAUUGUUACCCAGUGGUGUGAGGGCUCCAGCUUGUAUCACCAUCUCCAUAUCAUUGAGACCAAAUUUGAGAUGAUCAAACUUAUAGAUAUUGCACGACAGACUGCACAGGGCAUGGAUUACUUACACGCCAAGUCAAUCAUCCACAGAGACCUCAAGAGUAAUAAUAUAUUUCUUCAUGAAGACCUCACAGUAAAAAUAGGUGAUUUUGGUCUAGCUACAGUGAAAUCUCGAUGGAGUGGGUCCCAUCAGUUUGAACAGUUGUCUGGAUCCAUUUUGUGGAUGGCACCAGAAGUCAUCAGAAUGCAAGAUAAAAAUCCAUACAGCUUUCAGUCAGAUGUAUAUGCAUUUGGGAUUGUUCUGUAUGAAUUGAUGACUGGACAGUUACCUUAUUCAAACAUCAACAACAGGGACCAGAUAAUUUUUAUGGUGGGACGAGGAUACCUGUCUCCAGAUCUCAGUAAGGUACGGAGUAACUGUCCAAAAGCCAUGAAGAGAUUAAUGGCAGAGUGCCUCAAAAAGAAAAGAGAUGAGAGACCACUCUUUCCCCAAAUUCUCGCCUCUAUUGAGCUGCUGGCCCGCUCAUUGCCAAAAAUUCACCGCAGUGCAUCAGAACCCUCCUUGAAUCGGGCUGGUUUCCAAACAGAGGAUUUUAGUCUAUAUGCUUGUGCUUCUCCAAAAACACCCAUCCAGGCAGGGGGAUAUGGAGAAUUUGCAGCCUUCAAGUAGCCACCAUCAUGGCAGCAUCUGCUCUUAUUUCUUAAGUCUUGUGUUCGUACAAUUUGUUAACAUCAAAACACAGUUCUGUUCCUCAAAUCUUUUUUUAAAGAUACAAAAUUUCCAAUGCAUAAGCUGAUGUGGAACAGAAUGGAAUUUCCCAUCCAACAAAAGAGGAAAGAAUGUUUUAGGAACCAGAAUUCUCUGCUGCCAGUGUUUCUUCAACAAAAAUACCACGAGCAUACAAGUCUGCCCAGUCCCAGGAAGAAAGAGGAGAGACCCUGAAUUCUGACCUUUUGAUGGUCAGGCAUGAUGGAAAGAAACUGCUGCUACAGCUUGGGAGAUUUGCUAUGGAAAGUCUGCCAGUCAACUUUGCCCUUCUAACCACCAGAUCAAUUUGUGGCUGAUCAUCUGAUGGGGCAGUUUCAAUCACCAAGCAUCGUUCUCUUUCCUGUUCUGGAAUUUUGUUUUGGAGCUCUUUCCCCUAGUGACCACCAGUUAGUUUCUGAGGGAUGGAACAAAAAUGCAGCUUGCCCUUUCUAUGUGGUGCGUGUUCAGGCCUUGACAGAUUUUAUCAAAAGGAAACUAUUUUAUUUAAAUGGAGGCUGAGUGGUGAGGAGUAGAUGUGUCUUGGUAUGGAGGAAAAGGGCAUGCUGCAUCUUCUUCCUGACCUCCGGGGUCUCUGGCCUUUUGUUUCCUUGCUCACUGAGGGGUCUGUCUAACCAAGCAGGCUAGAUAGUGCUGGCACACAUUGCCUUCUUUCUCAUUGGGUCCAGCAAUGAAGAUAAGUGUUUGGGGUUUUUUUUUUUCCUCCACAAUGUAGCACAUUCUCAGGAAAUACAGUUUAUAUCUUCCUCCUAUGCUCUUCCAGUCACCAACUACUUAUGCGGCUACUUUGUCCAGGGCACAAAAUGCCGUGGCAGUAUCUAACUAAACCCCCACAAAACUGCUUAAUAACAGUUUUGAAUGUGAGAAAUUUAGAUAAUUUAAAUAUAAGGUACAGGUUUUAAUUUCUGAGUUUCUUCUUUUAUAUUUUUAUUAAAAAGAAAAUAAUUUUCAGAUUUAAUUGAAUUGGAAAAAAACAAUACUUCCCACCAGAAUUAUAUAUCCUGAAAAUUGUAUUUUUGUUAUAUAAACAACUUUUAAGAAAGAUCAUUAUCCUUUUCUCUACCUAAAUAUGAGGAGUCUUAGGAUAAUGACAAAUAUUUAUAAUUUUUCAAUUAAUGGUACUUGCUGGAUCCACACUAACAUCUUUGCUAAUAAUCUCAUUGUUUCUUCCAACUGAUUCCUAACACUAUAUCCCACAUCUUCUUUCUAGUCUUUUAUCUAGAAUAUGCAACCUAAAAUAAAAAUGGUGGCGUCUCCA